CAAACCAAUUCACUUUUCUAAGCCUCACUGCCCAAUCUGGAAUUGGAAAGAGUUUGGCCGAGUGAUUUUCAAGGAUCCUAGGACAGUGCUCUUUGUGACCACACCAUGAUGCUACUCAUGCAGACACCUCUGUCUCAGUUAGCUACUGCUGUGAGGACUUGAAGGGGCCACGGUGUUCUAUCUGUUGGCAGGAAGAGCUUAGAGUUCUAGAAGACUUUACACUCUGUUUGACUUGUGUUGGUUGUCAGCUUCGGCUCCAGCCAUGGAGGAUGUGCCUGCUUCCCUGUUGCCUUCCGUCGUGAUUUUAGGUUUCCUGCGGCCUCGCCAGCCAUGCUUACUGCACAGCCUGCAGAACUGAUGUUAGGGCUGGAAGGGAUGUGACAGACGAUCUUGCCAAGCCUGGCCCUUCUUCUACAAGAAGGUCUUCAGAGAUCUGGAGGAGGAAAGUGCCUUGCCUUGAGUUCGCUGAGCCGGAACAAUAGGACUUCUAUAGUUGUGAAACUUGUCAAUUGUUGGGUGGAGCCAGAUGUCCUCAUUAGAAUAAAGGUUGUUUAUUCAACCCAAGUAUAAAUGGAAAAAAAAAGAUGUGCCCUCUGUCACUGAGGAUUGACUGGAGAGCUCAAGUGCAGCAAAGAGAAGUGUCAGAGCAUGAGCGCCAAGUCCAGAACCAUAGGGAUUAUUGGAGCUCCUUUCUCAAAGGGACAGAGUGUGAUGUGAAGGAUUAUGGGGACCUGCCCUUUGCUGACAUCCCUAAUGACAGUCCCUUUCAAAUUGUGAAGAAUCCAAGGUCUGUGGGAAAAGCAAGCGAGCAGCUGGCUGGCAAGGUGGCAGAAGUCAAGAAGAACGGAAGAAUCAGCCUUGUGCUGGGCGGAGACCACAGUUUGGCAAUUGGAAGCAUCUCUGGCCAUGCCAGGGUCCACCCUGAUCUCGGAGUCAUCUGGGUGGAUGCUCACACUGAUAUCAACACUCCGCUGACAACCACAACUGGAAAUUUACACGGACAACCGGUAUCUUUCCUCCUGAAGGAACUAAAAGGAAAGAUUCCCGAUGUGCCAGGAUUCUCCUGGGUGACUCCCUGCAUAUCUGCCAAGGAUAUUGUGUAUAUUGGCUUGAGAGACGUGGACCCUGGGGAACACUACAUUUUGAAAACUCUAGGCAUUAAAUACUUUUCAAUGACUGAAGUGGACAGACUAGGAAUUGGCAAGGUGAUGGAAGAAACACUCAGCUAUCUACUAGGAAGAAAGAAAAGGCCAAUUCAUCUGAGUUUUGAUGUUGAUGGACUGGACCCAUCUUUCACACCAGCUACUGGCACACCAGUCGUGGGAGGUCUGACAUACAGAGAAGGUCUCUACAUCACAGAAGAAAUCUACAAAACAGGGCUACUCUCAGGAUUAGAUAUAAUGGAAGUGAACCCAUCCCUGGGGAAGACACCAGAAGAAGUAACUCGAACAGUGAACACAGCAGUAGCAAUAACCUUGGCUUGUUUCGGAGUUGCUCGGGAGGGUAAUCACAAGCCUAUUGACUACCUUAACCCACCUAAGUAAAUGUGGAAAUAUCCGAUAUCAAUCUCAUAGCUAAUGGCAUAAUUAGAAAGCUAAUCAUUUUCUUAAGCAUAGAGUUAUCCUCCUAAAGAUUUGUUCUUUCAGAAAAAUGUUUUUCCAAUUAGUAUAAACUCAACAAAUUCCCUCUUGGUGUAAAAUUCAAGAUGUGGAAAUUCUAACUUUUUUGAAAUUUAAAAGCUUAUAUUUUCUAACUUGGCAAAAGACUUAUUCUUAGAAAGAGAAGCGUACAUUGAUUUCCAAUUAAAAAUUUGCUGGCAUUAAAAAUAAGCACACUUACAUAAGCCCCCAUACAUAGAGUGGGACUCUUGGAAUCAGGAGACAAAGCUACCCGAUCUGGAAAGGUACUAUGUGUCCAUGUCAUUCAAAAGAUGUGAUUUUUAAUAAUAAACUCUAUAACAAGA